AUGGGGAAGAAAGGAAGUAGUUCAUGGUUAACUGCUGUUAAAAGGGCAUUCAGAUCUCCAACAAAAGAUAGUGAGAAGAGAAGUGGUAGAAGAAGAGAAGAUUGUGAUCAAGAAGAAGAUGAAGAAAAGAAGAGAGAAAAAAGAAGAUGGAUUUUUAGAAAACCUGUUGUGAAUCAUGAAACUGUGAACAAUAAUACUCAACAAAGUACACCAACAAAGUUGAAGAAUGAUGUUGUUGUUGCUACUGCUGCUGCAAGUGUGGCUUCUUCAAGGACAGAUCAAGAUGAGAAGCAUGCUCUUGCUGUGGCUAUGGCUACUGCUGAGGCAGCAAGAGCCACUGCUCAAGCUGCUAUGGAGGUUGCUAGGUUGACUAAGCCUGCAAAUUAUGCUCGAGAGCAUUGUGCUGCUGUGGUGAUACAAACUUCUUUCAGAGGCUAUUUGGCAAGAAGAGCGCUUCGAGCACUUAAGGGGUUGGUGAAGUUGCAAGCAUUAGUGAGAGGCCACAAUGUUAGGAAACAAGCAAAAAUGACACUUAGGUGCAUGCAAGCUCUUGUUAGAGUGCAAGCAAGAGUUCUUGACCAAAGGGUAAGGUCUACUUCACAUGAUGGAAGUAGAAAAUCGACCUUUAGUGACACUACUAGUGUUUGGGAUUCGCGGUAUCUUCAAGAUAUUUCAGACCGAAAAUCAAUAUCAAGAGAAGGAAGUAGUGUUGCCGAUGAUUGGGAUGAUCGUCCACACACGGUUGAAGAAGUUAAGGCCAUGUUGCAACAGAGGAAGGAAGCAGCUAUGAAGAGGGAAAAGUCCUUGUCCCAAGCUUUUUCACAACAGAUUUGGAGAAAUGGCAGGACAUCAUCAAUUGGAAAUGAAGAUGAACUUGAAGAGAGACCAAAAUGGUUAGAUAGAUGGAUGGCCACAAAACCAUGGGAGAAUAGAGGCAGAGCUUCAACAGAUCAAAGAGACUCUAUCAAGACUGUAGAAGUUGACACAUCUCAACCUUAUUCAUAUCUAGGAACAAACUACAGAAGAUCACAUCCAAAUUACCAAUACAAUCCACACCACCAACCACAAAGACAUUCUAUUGCUUCACCACUCCAUAGAUCACACCAAAAUGGAUCCCCUAACCAAUCCGUAACCACUCCGUCUCCGGCCAAAUCAAGACCGAUUCAAGUCCGGUCGUCGAGUCCUCGUUGUGUUAGAGAGGAUAGAAGCUACCACCACACAUCUCAAACACCAAGCCUAAGGUCUAACUACCAUUACAAUGGAAACUUGUACCAAAAUAGUAGAGUUGGAACAAGCAAUGGUGUUUCCAAUGCUACACCUACAUUGCCUAAUUAUAUGCAAGCGACCGAGUCUGCAAAGGCCCGGAUUCGCUCGCAGAGUGCGCCGAGGCAAAGGCCUUCGACGCCAGAACGAGAUAGAUCCGGAUCAGUAAAGAAAAGGCUUUCUUUCCCUGCUCCGGAUCCUUAUAAUGUAGGAGGAGUUGGUUACGGAAAUUAUGGACAUAGUUUAAGAAGUCCUAGUUUCAAGAGUGUGAAUGUAACAUCACAUUUCGGGAUGGAGCAACAUUCUAACUACUCUUCUUGUUGCACCGAGAGUCUCGGUGGCGAGGUUUCGCCUUCUUCAACCGGUGACCUUAGAAGGUGGUUGAGAUAA